AGAAACUUUUCUGUGUGUUCUUGGGAUGGCGAUAUUUCUCAUUGAUGGAUCCAUGUCGGAAAGGCACAAUCAAAACAGCACGCGACAGAAAAGACUAUUUAGCAUUUUUAAUAUCGUCACCUUCAAGAACGAAGCUUGUACAACAACGGGUGCUGGAAAUUUGGUUGGAACCUGCUUGACCUCCACUGAGUGCACUGCCAAAGGCGGAUCUCCGUCUGGCAAUUGCGCUGCAGGUGAUUAUCGAUAUAAUACUUACAUUUGGAACACAGUGGAAUUGAUUAAUUUUUUUCCCUUUUUAAGGCUUUGGAGUGUGUUGUCUUUUAGUGUGGGUGGUGAUUGUUCAGGUGACAAGACCAUUUCUCAAGUAAGAAGUCAAACAAGUCGAGAUCAUUUUUGACACCUUUUGAUGUG